UUAACGCUAGGCGGCGCAUAGUGCAGCCCAUGAUCGACCAGUCCAAUAGGGCGGGGCCCGGGGCCCAUGCCGCGUACAACCCAGAGGCAGCAAGCAUGGGCUACUUCGACAACCAGCACAUGCAGAUGGGCGGACAUAGUGAGUACAUCUUUAAGGAAAGAUGGGGGUUACAAGGAGGUCAUGACCUCUAUGACCCGAUGAAGGCCGGCUACUCGCAUCUGGACACAAGCCAGCGUUACGACAUGCUGGGGAUGCAGGGCAUGCACCGGCCGGACAUGUACGGCACCCCGCCCUCGUCCUACGCCCAGAUGGCCCAGUUCUCCCCCCCUGUCCACUCUCAGACCAUGCUCAUCCCGGGCCACCCACAUCACAUGAUGAUGGGCCACGGCAACCCGGGAAUGGCCCACCACGGCAUGGCCUCGGCACAGAGCCCUCCCCUCCACAUGGACGGGAUGGGCGGCCACAUACAAGACAUCCACGCCGGAUAAUAGCCGGACACUGCCGGACAUUUCCGGACUUUGCCGGACAACACGAACAAUCAUAUAUCAUGUUAUGACCUUUUUUUUCUUCAUAUUUAUCUCCAUCUUACGGCUCUGGAUGGCCCUUCAGGCAAGUUCGUAUCGUAGCACCAGCUCUCGAAGCCGGUAAAUGAACACAGCUCCUAAACAAAACUACAUCGCGGACGACCUUUUGUCCACGUUUUCUUGACGUCAUUUUGUCUAAGUUUUCUGACUGGACUGGGAGUACUAUUUUAAGGAUAUGUGACGCCACCACACCAGUUCACUUACCCAUAAAGUGGGGCUGGUCAAGACGCUGUCCCUCCUCCAGGACUGAAGAGCUCCUGUGUUUUAGGUUGUACGACAACGCUUCAAUCAACUCGACAACCUAACCCCGUGCCCCGGGCAGGAUCCAGCAGUCUUCUACCAAGUUGGGCAGUGUGGUUACUCUCUGGGUAGUGUGGUCACUCUCUCUAGGUAGUGUGGCCACUCUCUCUGGGUAGUGUGGGCACUCUCCGUGUCACACUGACGCGGUCAGUUAUUUCUACGUGUGCCGGAUACCGUGUAUCUUGAUGUCAGUGUUGUGUGUUGUUUUCUUGGAAUCAUCCCGUCACGGUGACCUCCCCUGUCCGGGCGCCAUGUUUGAACAUCAGUGCGUCAUCACUCGACGAUAUUGACGUCAUCACUCGACGAUAUUGACGUCACCAUUUCAAUAUUUACAAACCUUGCUCAAAAGUCACACCAUACCCACUAGUGUUGGCCGUCACUGAGAACAUGUAUAAUUAACAAAAUAUUGAUUUGAAUUUUUUAAAACACUAUCAACACACAGUUUUUAUCUCCAAUUAAAGAUGGACGAAAAUCGAGAUUGAAGCACAAAAUACAGU